AUUCCAAAUCAUUAAUUCAACGCGACAUUUCCCACGCGAUCCUGCAUCGGUCUCUCCGCCCGUCGCCUUUCGCCUCCCUCUCAUAUCUCGUCCCCCCUUCCCCCGCCCUUCCACAUCUCUCGCUCUCAAGAUCUCAUCGCAGGUGUAGCUUUUGAGGCGAAGAGAAAUGUCGGCCUUCUCCGCCGUCAGGAUCCCAUUUCCCGCUGUCGUCGCCGCUCGAUCUACCGGCGAGAAGCCCUCCUCCCCCUUCCUCUGCUCGCCGGCUGCCGCACCUGGCAUCCACAGCUCGCCCCUCAGGUCGCCUCGCCUCGGCCGCCCUCCCCUUGCCGUCUCCUCUGACGUCCUCAGCAGCCAGAAGCCCCUUGGCUCUAAUUCCUCCCCCUCCCUGGCGGUAAUAAGCCGAGAUGAGGCGUUGGAGCUGUACGAGGACAUGGUCUUGGGGCGCGUCUUUGAGGACAUGUGCGCGCAAAUGUACUACCGUGGCAAGAUGUUUGGUUUCGUCCACCUAUACAACGGCCAAGAAGCUGUCUCCACCGGUUUCAUUAAACUCCUUGAAACCCGGGAUAGCGUCGUUAGCACAUAUCGAGAUCACGUCCAUGCCAUCAGCAAGGGUGUCCCCGCUCGUGCCGUCAUGGCUGAGCUCUUCGGCAAGGCUACCGGCUGCUGUCGUGGCCAGGGCGGCUCCAUGCACAUGUUCUCUGAACCCCAUAAUCUUCUUGGUGGCUUUGCUUUCAUAGGUGAAGGUAUCCCAGUGGCCACUGGUGCCGCGUUCUCGUCCAAGUACCGCCACGAGGUCCUCAAGGAGGCUAAGCCCGACGGCCUUGAUGUCACCGUCGCCUUCUUCGGUGACGGGACCUGCAAUAAUGGUCAAUUCUUUGAGUGCCUCAACAUGGCUGAGCUCUGGAAGCUGCCCAUCGUGUUUGUUGUGGAGAAUAAUCUAUGGGCAAUUGGGAUGUCGCACCUUAGAGCGACUUCCGACCCUGAGAUCUGGAAGAAGGGACCAGCAUUCGGCAUGCCCGGGGUGCACGUUGAUGGGAUGGAUGUAUUGAAGGUUCGGGAGGUGGCGAUGGAAGCGAUCGCAAGAGCGAGGAAUGGAGAAGGACCCACACUGGUUGAGUGUGAGACUUACCGUUUUAGGGGGCACUCACUUGCUGAUCCUGAUGAGCUCCGGCAGGCUGAUGAGAAAUCACAUUAUGCUGCAAGAGAUCCUAUCGUGAGUUUGAAGAAGUAUAUUCUUGAAAAGAACCUUGCAAGUGAAUCAGAGCUGAAGGCUAUCGAGAAAAAGAUAGAUGACAUUAUUGAAGAAGCUGUAGAGUUUGCAGAUUCAAGUCCACAUCCCCCAAGAAGCCAACUGCUGGAAAAUGUUUUUGCAGACCCCAAGGGGUUUGGCAUUGGGCCUGAUGGGAAGUACAGGUGCGAGGAUCCUAAGUUUACGGAAGGCACUGCUCAGGUCUAAGUUUACGGGUUAAUAAACUAUCCACAUCUUCGAUAAUACAGGAUAUCUUAGUUCAAUUAAAAUUUGUGUUCCUCCCAGUGAGCUGUUCUUUUUCUCCAUAUCCUGGUCUUUCUUUUUCUUUUAUUUUAUGGUUUAAUUUUCUUGUUUUUAGCAGUCAUGGCAUUUCCAUCUUCCCUAUUUCUGAACCUUCUGCUAUGUAAGUCUAUGGUUGAGUCAGUUUUCUCCAUCAACUGAUAAAACCUUAUACAUGAGUAGAAUCUUUGGCAUAGGUUUAGCAUUCAGGGAACUGAAACAAAACUGAAUACACAAGUAGAAGCAUAUGUUUGAGAACAUUUUGCUUUUGGUUGAUGGUUACUGCUUGAUGCUGUAUAGAAAUUAAUUGACAAAACAUGAUGUCAAAUAUAUAUUGCCAAAUAUAAUGGAUCAGACUGUGGGCCAUAAU